AUGGUGCUUGAUGUUCAGCCUCAAAACGAUGACAGGGCUACGGGGUCUCACAGAGAUAUCCGCGCAGUCGCAUCAGAAUGCCAAAAUCUCUUCGGUAAUGAGGUGAUGGAUAGUAUUACUCUCAGCACUCAUAUCCGAAGAGCUGAACACAGGUUCCUGUCAUGGGUCAGUUUUCUCGGCGUUCACGCUGAUAAACAGCAUUGCCUUGAUACGCGUCUACGGCAUUCUCCCGAAACAAUGAAUCUUAUUUUGCUUAUGCUCCAAGUCCUACGGCGGAACCUUCAGCUUGUUGUUUCCGAGCAUCAACACAUCCGCACUGACCAUCAAAAAGGCCCUAUUUAUGGGAUUGAUGGUGCAUUGGAUCGUCUUCACCGCCUAGCUGCUGUCAUUCAAAGCCAGCAAACAUUAGAUGAGGCACAAGAUAUCAACAAGAUCAUGAUCAAGCGGGUCUUAGAUGGCUUUGACGAGAGUAUCAUUGACUUCAUCCAAAAGAAGUUUCCUAAUGCCCCGUUUACGUCAUCAUUGUUGGACAUCCCCCGAUACAAAGACCCAAAAGAGUUCAGUGGUGUUUUUGGCAUAUUGUUCAAGGAGCCCUCAGAUCGGAUCAAGCAGCAUAUCCAUAAGAAGAGGAAGCAGAACCGCCAGAAGAAUUACUUUGGUAACUUACCAUCUCCGUCUGUGGGCGCUGACAUAAGAUCUUCACGGAACCUUGAGGUUGAAUCCGGAUCGAAUGACCCGUCCGGCAUCCGCGCCGCAAAGUCUCCUGUGAAUCCAUGCCACGUCUCUCAGAGAUUCCUGAACGAGAAAGCUACAGAAGUAUAUGCAAACACCGACCAAGGGGAUACAAGUGCCGAUUGCGAAACUUUUCGAUCUUUACAUCCCUGCCCUGAUCGCCUGAUUUCUGAAGACGGCACUGAAGAAGUUUACUGUGUGCUUUGCUCUAAUCUGCUAAACAAGGCCACAAUUGAAAGUCAAGAGGCUUGGAUGAAACAUGUCGAUCACGAUUCAUAUGGAAAGGCAGAUAACCCCAUCGUAUGCGAAAACCAAAAAGAAGUGGAAGACUUCUACGAGCACUUUACCGGCCAUCUGCGAUUUAUUGCAUUUGAAGGACUCAACCUCUGGGAUACUCAUACAGGUGCAAAAAUGAACCAUUUUGCACCAGUUGAUUGCCCAUCAACAGAGGAUGACAAAAGGCCUGAGCAAGACGAGGACUAUGGACUUGAUUCACUUAUGGAUUCCCGUGUUAAGCAUUUUCAUGACUACGUUAAAAGCAAAUCGCUUGUUGGUCUGGAUGGAGAGGAAAAAGUUGUCCCCUACAUCCCACCAUGCGAACUCGAGGCAUAUUGGACAGUGGAGCGUAUUAAUUACAUCCUCGCCUUCGCUACCAUCCCCAUUGACACAGCGUAUGAAGCAAUCAGCCACGGGUACCUCAAAAUAUUCUCUAUACUCGUGUUCAUUGGCCAUUGUGACAAGAUGUCGGUUCUUUUCCCCAACCGCAAAGUUCUCGACGAUCAUAACUUGCCCUUCACCGCUGACGAUUUUGAGCCAAAGAGCAAGUGGUCAGAUGAGUUUCUGGAAGCCCAAUGGAUGUUUUGUCCCUUCAUAUUCUCUCGCACCCGCGUAUAUAAAAGACCCCUUCACCCAAGAACUAUACUACCUGUCACAUACGAUGACUGUAUCAAGGAAAGGCGUGUUGGGCCUGAUGCAGUAGUGUUGCGCAAAGUGCGAAUACACGAUCAUUGUAAAUCCAUGGUACAAAAGAGUCAGUUCGUUGUGUUCAAAAUGUACGAGGGUAUCAAUGCAGAAGAACGCUACAGUUCUGAAACGGCUAUAUACGAGAAGCUUCACGACAAGUCAAAUGACAGCAUCGUCAGGCACAUCGCAAGCUUCCAUUUUCAACAUAAUCAUAAGUUCGUUAUCGUUCUUGAGUAUGCGGCUCAUGGUUCACUUCUAGACUACCUGCAAAAAACUCCCCAGCCGAUCACUCCUGACGACUUUGCUUUGUUCUGGGGCCGAUUGAUCCAGCUGCUAGACGCCCUACACACCUUGAGCGAUAUCUAUAGACAAAGUCACUCUUUACAUGAGUCGCUCGCUGGGGUCCAUCAAGAUAUCCAUCCUGGUAAUAUCCUAGUAUUUCCAGGAACUGACAGCAAAUCUUCAUUUAAUGUUCACUUCAAAAUUACCGACUUUGGACUGGGUGAGAUGGGGAGGAUUUCAGGUUUGAAUGAUGCCCUGGCGUCAUCCAGUACAGGAAACAGAAUGUACAUUUCUCCAGAGGCAUUCGCCAACUUUGCCGUUCAAGAUCGUGUCAGAACAGUCAUUUCUCCUGCCACCGAUAUCUGGUCUCUAGGAGCAGUAUUCAGCGACGUUCUUAUCUGGACAAUCGCCGGCGAAGCGGGCCGUGAGAGAUAUCGCCGCAGUCGAUUCGAGGAAAUCGCUGAACUUCCACAUCUCAGCGGCGCGGGAUAUGAUUGCUGCUUCCAUGAUGGAGAGCAGCGAUUGAAGGCUGUUCGGAAGGUCCACGGUGAUUUCCUCUUACACAGGAGGAGCAGCGACUCGAUAUCGCCUUUCAUCAGCAAGCUGAUUCUUCGCAACAUGCUUAUUGGGCAGCUUGGUCGCCUCAAUGCUAUGCAGAUCAGGCUACGCGCGGAGGAGGGACUGCAAAAGAUCCUCGCGCCUGAACCAUCAAAAAAUGGUAUGUCGUUUGUGCCGACACCGGAUGACAAAGCAUCUCAUCAGCCGAGGGACUCUUUCUCCAGGCCUCCUAUAGAAAGACGGGCCACAGCCGCAUUCAGCGCCUCUAGGCAGGGGGCGAUCCCAAAUUUGGCUCGUAUCGAAGCUCCUGCGAACCAGGCCUGGUCCAUGAUUUCGAUGCAGGGCUCUAUAUCACAGCCGCCAACUGACCAAUCAAUCAGGUAUACUCAAACGGGAGAUAGGUUACUCACGGUUGGAGAAAUAUACCAGAUGAUCGAAGCCAAAGACAAAGAUUCCCGAAGAGGGUCUUUUCGCAGAAAGUCCAGUAAGCGUGAUGAGAUUCUCGAUUUGCCCGGUAUCCAAGAGUCCCGAAGCAAGAUUAGAGAAACGAAAGGACGUGAACAUAUCUUCAUUAUUGAUAACUUCACGUCAAUGGAGCCGUAUAUGGAGAAGGUCAAGAAGACAGCCAGAGCAGUCAGCUACGUCACCAAAUUAGCUAACCACAAUGGUAUGGAGGUUUUCGCCGCAUCAGAAACUACAAUGAGUCCAAAGACAUGCAAGCAUAGCGUUCAAGUCGAAAAGGCUAUUGGUAACUUCAAAACCGUUCGGGGCACAUGCAGAAUGAGAAAAUGUCUCGACGAUAUCCUCAACCGAAUCCUCGUCGAGAGGCCCUUCAAGCCGACUAGCAUCUACAUCUUUACAGAUGGAGUCUGGGAACAGGGUGAGGACCAAGUCGAGUUCGCAGUCAAUCGUGCAACUCAGUAUCUGAUCAAACAUGGUCUUCCAUCGUCUUCGAUCAUGUUCCAAUUCAUCCAGUUCGGUCGUAAUGCCGAGGGGACGGCUCGGAUGAAGCGACUGGAUGAUCAUUGCAAGAAGGAAACCGAUGCCGAAAAGUUUGAUAUUGUUGACCACAAGCACUGGGACGCUCAUGUUCCUGACAUCGUCAUCGGUAGCCUUUCGCCAUAUACCGAUGAAGUGGAGCAUAGACGCCGGCUUAUACCAGCCCAAGUGGCAUACGAACUCUCGACAGUUCCAAGGCCAUUUAUCAUUGCAGAUAAUCAGGUUCUCAUCAAAGUCCAUGCUGCGAGCAUAAAUCCAGUCGACGUCAAGAAGGCCGCCGGCAUCUUCAAGAUGGCAGUAAAGGAAGAGUUCCCGUAUCAGAUUGGGUAUGACGCUGCAGGUGUCAUCGUUGAAGUUGGAAAGAGAGUGACGGCGUUGGAAGUGGGCGAUGAAGUCUACACGAGGCUGCCAGAAAUUGGAAGAGGUGCCUGGAGUGAGUAUGUGAAGUGCACAGAUGCCUACGUCUCCCUGAAGCCUGAGAGUCUUUCUUUUGUCGAUGCUGCAUCGCUACCGCUGGCUGGAGUCACGGCAUUGCAGGUUCUUGGGCAAUACAAGGGCUCGCUCGAGGGCAAGACAGUGUUAAUCCCUGGUGGCUUAAGCGGUACGGGAGCCCUUGCGUGCCAACUUGCCAAGAACGUAUUCCAUGCUGCAAAGGUCAUCACCACAGUCUCGACCUCCAAAAUUCCCAAAGUUCCAGAGCUUCUUGGUGAGGGCACGGUGGAUCAGAUCAUCGAUUACACAAAUCAGAAAGUUGCCGAGGCCGUUCCUCCAAAGUCCGUUGACUUUUGCUUCGAUACAACCGGUCAAGCCAUGGAGUUCCUCUCACUCAUGGUUCCCUCAACCGGCAUGAUCGUCUCAAUCUCAACAACUCCAUCUGCCUCGACCCUCCAAGCUUCAAGCGUAAUGCGGCGACCAGAAAACCCUCAGAUCCCAUUUGCCGGGCGUCUAUUUCUCCAUGCAGCAGAUGCGAUACGUAGACUUCGGGCGUGGCGCUGGGGCGUCACAUACAUGUAUCACUUCUUGGAUCCAAACCGAGAAGACCUGCAUAAGCUUACAGAUUAUGUGGAUGACGGAAAAGUGAAGCCUGUUGUUAGGGCCAGGGUUGAUAUGAGAGACAUCGAGGCAGUCCGCGAGGCUUGCGAUCAAACUUAUAAAGGAAAAGGCGGAUUGGGAAAGACUGUCUUUGAGGUGAUCAAGGAUUAA